AUGUAAAAUGUUAGGGGAGAAUUAGCAUUUUUAUACUUUGAUUAUUAACUUAUUAAAUUGACACCUAGAAAUUGGUAAAAGAUAAUAUCUAUUAGNGAAAAAAUGGGAAAAGAUCAAGAAAUAAUAGAUAAUUAUGAUCAAGCUAUUUCAAUAAUGGUACACCCUGGUAUUUAUGAGGAAAAAGGUACUAAAAUUAUUAAUAAUUUAAUCUAUUGCUUUAGAGAAAAUUAUAUGAAGUAUUUAAUAUAACUAAAUAAUAAAAAUGGAAAGAAGUAAUAUAAUUUUGCAACUGUGAUAAAUAAAAGUUAAGUAACUAUUUUUUUUAGUCAAGAUAUAAAGUAACAAAUGAUUAUAUUAUUUAAUAGUUUAAGCUUUAUAAGAAAUAAAUGAAUAAGAUUAACUCAUUAAAUUAUGUAAUUAAUUCAUACAUAAAAAUGAUAUGUAUAUCUAUAAAUUCAAAGGUUAAUAUAAUAUUUAGAAUUUCGCCUAAGCAUUAUUGAAAUAUGUUCUAUGAUAUUAAAAUAUUUAAAUUAGGGUUGUAGGAAUAAGUUAUUGAAUCAUGGGAUGAAGCUAUAAUAAAAAUGAGAAAGUACAAGAAUUUUAUGUUGAAAAAAGUAUUUUAGAUGGAACUAUUUUUAGUUAAAGCUUUAAAUGAUUAAAAUAGAUAUCAAGAGGCUAUUCAAAAUUGAAAUAUUGUAAUCAAUUUGUAAUUAGAUAAUUAAAUAGAAAUAUAAAAUUGGAAAAGUAUCAAAUAGCCUUUUUCUAUUUAGUGAAUAUCUUAGAAAAAUAAAGUAAUAUUAGAGAAGCUCUAAAGAUAUCUAGAAUUAAUGGAACAAUUAGAAAAAUAUAUUAAAAACAAAUUUGA